UGGAGUAGAGAGAAUAGCAAAAAUGAGCUGUGCUGUUUCCAUUUUGAAAUAUGUGUUGUGCUUUCUCAAUUUCCUCUUUGUGCUUUCAGGUGUUGCUCUCGUGACUGUUGGUACUCUCAUGAACCAGCAACUACAGGGAAUUGAAGACGUACUGAAUGGAAAGAUGCAUACUCCAUGCACAUUGGCUGUAGUACUUGGCAGUUUUCUCAUCGCAGUUUCCUUCUAUGGACUAUUUGGUGCUUUUAAGGAGCGUCGCUACUAUGUUGUAACGUACGCUGUGUUCCUGUUGACUAUACUUCUUCUACAAACACCUGUUGCUGUAAUGGCUAUUCUUUAUGGUGACAGAAACUUCGUUCUUCAUACAACAAUGUACGAUUUUACAAUCACUUACUAUACUGACAGUAUCAGCCAAGAUGUUAUGGAUACAGUUCAGAAAAAGUUGCAGUGCUGUGGUGCUACUGGGCCAGAAGAUUACAUAAAUUUAAACCCAUCUACUCCUGAACUACUGCCACCAUCAUGCUGCACACAGGACAUUGAGUGUUACUAUGAAACAAAUGCUACUGAAUCCUUCUAUACUAAAGGAUGCUGGUUUGCUGAGGAAGAAUUCUUGGGUUUUGUAGGAAUGUUGAUUGGAUGUACAGUUGUUGCAUCUGGAGUACUUGAGGUUAUAGGGAUCACAAUGGGGUUCUGUCUGGGAAGAUCCCUAAAACAAAGGAAGCAAUGAAGGUACCAGACAGUAAAAUGAGACUUUUAGGAUGUACACUAGUAAUUAUUGCUCAUUUCUUUGGAGCAAGUUGCAUUAGAGAACAUGUAAUUUUUAAUUUAUUGCAGAAGCUGUGAUUUUCUGUUCCUGAAGCUUUUGUGCCCUUUAAGAAUGAUUGAUGUGCAAAGAAUGCCUUAAAUGGUCAUUACAUAGAAGCAUGA